AUGUCCUUCUUCCGCACUUCCCUCGCCGUCGCCGGCUGGGGCUCCCUAGCCACCACCCUCAGCUACGUCCUCGCCACCCGCAAAUCCAAAAUCCACCCCCUCGACACCUCCGACUAUCUAAUGGGCACCUCGCUCUUCGCCCGCUUCAAUCCCUACGACAACCCAGUAACCCGCGACGUCUGCAUUCGCCGCGUCCCGCUCUCCAAGAUAAAACCCGAACUGCUCGAACAAGAAGGCGCAUUAGUACAGAGCUUCUGCCAGGGCGUCUGGAGCGGGUGGGGCUACGCGUAUCAGCGCCGGUAUCUGGAGAAGAAGUACCGUGGCCCCGAUACGGCGACGCAGCUCUGGGAUCGCGAGGAGCUGGAGAGUAGUUCGUAUGACGUCGGGACGGUGGUAACGGAUCACUUUGAAGUGCUGGCGAAGAGUGAGAACUCGAUCAUUGUACGCUGCGGAGACUCGCCGCGGAUACAGACGGUGCGGGAGAGUGAUGGCUUAUUUGAGAUGGUUGCGGAGGUCAAGAAGGAGGAGGGCGUGGCCGAGUUUCAGCUGAAGAGUGUGUUCUACAACGGCAUUGCGCAGCCGGACAAAGAGGGUGGAAAACUAGAUGAGCCCAUGGGACCGUGGACGCAAUGGGCGCAUGCGCAGUACAGUAAGAUAUUCAUGGAGACGGCGAUUAGGAGGUGUAUGCGGUAA